AUGCAGGGACUGGAAUCUGCCAACUGCGCGGGAGAAUGCGUCCGCCAUCACGCCAGACGGCCCACUGCAGCCUCUAUGGAGCUUGGAGGCUGGAGAACGACUGAGGUGGACCGCAUCCUCGGUGCUCUGCGGAUGCGGACUAUGGGGUCCUAUAGCAACACGCAGAAGGAUGCUGGCGCAUUCGUCCGGGCUUACAACACGCUUCGGGCCUCGUUCUGCAAUAGCGUCUGUCCUCAUCCUGAUCUAUGCUGCUACGGCGCCUUCUCAACCCGGUUUAUCUUACUAUACCACGUCAUGGGCGGCGCAAGGUAUAGAGACAAUCGAGCUAUGCUUCAUACAGACUCUGUUCAUUAUCUCUUCCCGGUGCUGCCAAAAUGCCCGAAGCCGAGCAUUACGAGCUACGAGACUUCACCUACCACCACGGCACCACCGCCCCCCUCGGCCCGCCUGGCCUACCCUGAUUUCAACCCUGCCGUUACCGAGAAUGCGCUGGCGACAACCUGCUUCAAGGGAACGCUGACCCAGACGCUCUAUCACGCCACCGGUGCGCUGCGUGCCCACACGCGUCAUUGCCGUCGUCCUCUUCGGCAACGGCGAGUCCUCCGGCCCCUCCCAACGCAUCUGGCUCCCCCCGGUUCGUCGACUACCGCGACGUCGUCCGCGCGGAGCGUCACCUCCUGA